AUGCAAGACCGUACGUUACCGCCUACCAAGCGCCAACGCACGGUACAAGGCGACCGCGGCCCAUCCCCUCCUCCUCCUCCUCCUUCUCCACCACAAGAAGAUGCGCCAGCAGCGCCAAUCGAAACACUCCCAGCACAACCAGACUCACCGCCGCCACCACCACCUCUCGACGCAACGCUGGAUCAAGCUCAGAACACCGACAUUGUUCCGCCUCCUCCACCAUCCGUACCGCCUCCGCCGCCACCUGAGCAAGCGUACGAGCAUGACGACGACGACGAUGACGAUGACGAUGAUGCAAACGUGCAAGACGCUGCCUAUUGGACGCGUCUAGCGCAAGCUUCCUCUUCCUCUUCCACCUCGACCCUGCCAUCGUCCUCCUCGGCAGUCUCUCACACGACAUCCACCAACGGCGCAGCGGCAGGUAAGAAGGGCAAGUCCGCACUCUACCUCGACACAAUUAACCGGGCAGUGCUCGAUUUCGACUUUGAAAAGCUCUGUUCCAUCUCGCUGUCCAACAUCAAUGUCUAUGCGUGUCUCGUAUGCGGGCGAUACUUCCAGGGACGCGGGCGCAACUCGUACGCCUACCUGCACAGCAUCGACGACUCGCACCACGUGUUCAUGAACCUCUCAACGGCGCAGACGUACAUUCUUCCGGACAACUAUGCGGUGCCCGAAGAGAAUCAGGCGGCUCUGCGAGACAUUAAGUACCUUCUCAACCCGACCUUCACGCCGAGCACGAUCCGGGCCAUCGAUGCCGGACCGGCGUACGACUUGGCCGGAGAGCAGUACUAUCCUGGGUUUGUGGGGCUCAACAAUGUGGGGAGCAACGACUACGUCAAUGCGGUGGUGCAGGCGUUGGUGCACGUGCCUGCGAUACGCGAUUACUUCUUGUUGCAGCGGGAGAGGGAGGGAGAGGGGGAGAGGAGCGAGCUGGUGAAGCGCUUCGGUGCGUUGGUGAGGAAAAUGUGGAAUCCCAAGGCUUUCAAGGCGCAAGUUUCGCCGCACGAGUUCUUGCAGCAGGUCGUAGUAGUUUCGGCGAAUCGAUUCAGGAUCACGCACCAGUCGGAUCCGGUCGAGUUCCUGGGCUGGCUGUUGAAUCGUCUUCAUGCGGAUCUUGCAACCGGGGGUAAGGGCGGCAAGAGGAAGAGAGGCGGUGUGGGAGCAGGCGGCGAGAGCGUCAUCAGCAAAUGCUUUCAGGGAGUGGUACAGGUCGAAUCGCAACCGCUCGCAUCUCGGUCGGAAGAGUCGGAUCCAUCGGCUUCGGCUGCUGCUGUAGCCGCUCAAGCAGAGUCCAUGUUGAAAGCUCAAAACGGGCAGACGGACGAACAGGGCCGCCUCCGAUUCGACCCUUCCUUGGGGGUCGACAAGCGAGACUCGCCCUUUUUCCUGCUCGCCAUGGACCUCCCACCGCCACCGCCCGUGAUGGGAGGCGAGGAGGGCGACACUCUCGUCCCGCAAGUGACCAUCGGCCAGCUCCUCGCAAAGUACGACGGACAAAGUCUGCACGCUUCCAACGCCAAACUCACGCGCUACGCCCUUCGUCGUCUCCCACCCUUUCUCAUCGUCCACUUCCGUCGGUUCACCAAAAACAGCCUGGGCCAGGAAGAACGCAACCCCACCCUGGUCAACUUCCCCAUCAAAGGUCUCGACGUAACCAGACACGCCCCCCUUCUCGAAUCCGCCCAGAAGCCGCCGCAAGAUGCAAAUCUGUCGGAAGUCUACGACCUCGUCGCGAAUGUCGUCUAUGACGCUGUGCCCGGCACGGUGCGACAAGGUGCAAGCUGGAAGUGUCAGGUCCACACCAAUGCUAAAACAGCGAAGGAGGGCGAAAUGUGGUUCGCCAUCCAAGACUUACUCGUCGAACAGGUGAACCGACAGAUGAUCUUCUUGGGUGAAAGCUAUCUGCAGAUCUGGGCGAAGCGGACUUCCUAA